AAAAAAAGAAGAAAAAAAAAAAAGAAAAUCUCAAAACGAGAUAGAAGAGGGAUAUACCAAUGAGAUUAUACGCAACGGCGACCUCCCGACUGAUUCUAAAAUCUAGAUUCACAGGUUAUGCCGUUGCCAAGAUUUCGUCGCAUGUUUCAAGUGAAUACCUCAUCUUCAUCAAUCGACAUUUCACUCAUCCAUCGGAGAUAAAAAGUGUGUGGCAUCGACAGUAUCAUUCCACUGUCCGUGUUGGUGCAAAGGCUAAAAAUUCUAAAAUCGAUUUGGGCGAAACUUUGACCUCCGAGCAAUUUUUGCGUAUGAUCAGAUCGGAUCCAUCUGACAUGAUGGCUUCCGCAGAUACACAAGUGAACAUGGAGGCUCGACAACCAGGGCAGCAGCAGAAACCCAACCAUAUGAAGAGACCUCAUAAUGAGGGGAAAUCCAAACGAGGGAUGAAGAGAGAAAAUAAGAAAAAUCAAAAGAAGGCCAAGAAGAAGGGGGGUGAUAUGGUUAAUGGUUCCAACGAGGAGGUCUUGGCUUUCGACAUACAAAGUCUGGUCGAAUCAUUAAACCGGGAUGAAGAAGCCGCAGCAGCGGAGGAGAGUUGGGACAAAUUACCAGAAGCUACUGAUCUACCGGAAAGAGGUUCUGAAAUCGAUGUCGACGUUGUCGAACUCUCAUCGACGGGUGAAGGCUUGGCUGUACAGAAAGGAUCUAAACAGGUCUACAUCGUGCCCUUCACAGUACCUGGCGACACGGUCAAAGUGAAAGUAUAUCGUCACCUAGAAGAGGAAGGGUACACAGUCGCAGAUCUCAUCUCGGUCGUGAAGCCAUCACCAUCUCGGGACGAUAGCCGCGUGCAGUGCAAAUACUUUGCCGAAUGCUCAGGCUGCCAAUUUCAGAUGCUCGACUAUGCCGAACAACUGAAGCACAAAAAACGUAUCGUCGAAAAGGCGUAUCGUAACUUCUCCCAACUCCCCCCUGAGCUGGUACCUGCCAUUCAGGAUACAAUCGGUAGUCCUCUACAGUACGGCUACCGCACCAAGCUAACACCGCAUUUCGAUCCCCCUGGAGGUUGGCGAAAAGGAAAUAAACCAUUACAAGAGCGUCCCGCUAUUGGGUUUAUGCCCAAGGGAAAGCGCAAUACUAUUGAUAUAGAGGAUUGCCCCAUCGGUACUGACGCUGUACGUAUGGGCAUGAAGAAUGAACGCGCCCGUAUGGAAGUCGAAUACGGAAAUUACACGCGCGGUGCUACAAUAUUAUUACGGGAAAGCACCAAACGCAUCUUCAAAAACAGCGAUAAUAAACCAGAAGAACCCGAAUCAUCUUCACCAAAACGCUCAAAAUCCCCACAACCCCCCUCAGACCAAGUAAUCCGCGUCGAAACAGACGAAUACACCGACCUCAAGACCUGCGUCACGGACAACAACGGCACAUCAACCGAGUACAUCGGGCCCUACGUCUUCCACAACCCCGCAGGCUCAUUCUUCCAAAAUAACAACUCCAUCCUCCCUACUUUCACCGAUUACAUCCGAGAACACGUACUACCACUCACCUCACCGGACACCACUACACCACAAAUAAAAUACCUCCUAGACGCCUACUCCGGCUCUGGCCUCUUCACCAUAACCCUCUCUUGUCUCUUCCCCGGCGGAUCCGUCGGCAUCGACGUAGCCGCGUCCUCAAUAGCAUUCGCCUCGCGCAACGCAGCCGCCAACUCCCUUCCGCCCGAGCGCGCCAAGUUUAUCGCGGCCGAUGCAUCCAAUCUCUUCACACCAAACCUACGUGAAACUUACCCCGCCGAUGAAACAGCCGUCGUAAUCGAUCCCCCGCGCAAAGGCUGCGAUGCCAGCUUUUUAAAUCAAUUAUUAGAAUUCGCGCCGAAGAGAGUCGUGUACGUGUCCUGUAAUGUACACUCACAAGCGCGGGAUGUGGGGAUACUGGUGCGUGGGGAGAUUGGAAGUGAAUUUGGAAAAGCCCAGAAUGGUGAUACAGAGAAGAGUAACGGUGAUGUUGAAAUGGCUUCAGGCGAAAUGGGGGAGAAGAAAAAGAAGACGAGGUAUACUAUCGAGAGUAUUCGCGGCUUUGAUUUCUUCCCGCAGACAGGGCAUGUGGAGGGUGUUGCUGUUUUGAAUCGGGUUGAUGAUUAGAAGUGUUGUAUUGAAAAUCGGAUUACAAGGACCUAUUUGAGGCCUACAAAAUGCAUCAUUUAGAACAGGAAAGGA